AUGGGUGCGGCGAAUCCCCAAAAGGCCGUAUCAGCGCCACUCAUGGCUGCUUGUGCUACCGGAGAUAUACCAACAUUGAGCGCUCUCCUAAGCGCCCAGCAGGUUUCCCAGCAGGACAAGACCUGUGGUGCCGACCCGGGAAGGUCAUUCGGAUCGACUAGAUAUUUUUACACCCUGCUGCCGCUGGAGUUUGCUGCAUACUCAUCCUCCGAGUCAAACGUUCGGCUGUUGUUGAAACAUGGCGCCAUUUUACGAGGUACUGGGGCUCUCCAACUUGCCGCUGGGUAUGGAAAACCAAACAUGGUGCGUGUGUUGGUUGAGGCUGGAGCGGAUGUUAAUGGAAUGGUGGAAGCGACAACCCCAUUGAAUGCCAGAUUCUCUCCAACUGAGCAGACUGCAUUACACUAUGCUGCGGAGAGGGGGUACAAGAGAGUGGUUCAAUACUUGUUGGAUAAUGGCACGGAUUCUAGCAAACUUGAUACGAAGGGCAAUACUGCGAUGGAAAGGGCGAGGGCUAUGGGCCAUGAUGGGAUAGUUUCGUUGAUCAACUCGCACGAGAUUGGUUGUCUAGGGACUUAA